AGAGUUCACUAUCUGGUCUAAUUCCAUCUGGAGUGCAAACAGCUGCUAGCAUCAGAAAGCAUAUAAAAUAUUGGAGUGACAAAGUGGCUAAGACUGGCCCUAAUUUUUUUGGUGCAACUAGUAUUAGAGUGGGCAAUAGCAUCUGAGUUCUUGGCUGGGUGAGUUGUGCACUAGUAUCACCUGUUAACUUGUAAAAGCAGGAGUGCCCAAUGAAGUCGUUAUUAGGACUAUUGUGCUGAGCAAGUGUUGCAAAUCAGCCAGAUGGUACCAGUUGGUAGGGUUCUAAGUUGUUGGUUCCUAGAGCUGUUUUCAGAGAGAUGGUUUGUCUGAAAAAUGCAUUUAGCAUUGAAGUGUUUCUGGAUUCUAGUUUUUGGGCCACUACAAUUCAUUUCAAGUGACUUUAGAAUAACUGUCCAGCAUCCUCUGCCCAACCAAUCAGAAUGUAGGAAAAUCUACAGAUAUGACGGAAUCUACUGUGAAUCUACCUACCAGAAUUUACAGGCUUUGAGAAAGGAAAAGUCACGAGAUGCUGCUCGCUCUCGCCGGGGAAAGGAGAAUUUUGAAUUCUAUGAGUUGGCAAAGUUGUUGCCUCUGCCUGCAGCCAUUACCAGCCAGCUUGACAAGGCAUCCAUCAUUCGACUUACAAUUAGCUAUCUGAAAAUGAGGGACUUUGCUAAUCAAGGUGAUCCUCCAUGGAACUUGAGAAUGGAAGGACCUCCACCUAAUACAUCAGUAAAAGUUAUAGGUGCCCAACGCAGGAGAAGUCCCAGUGCCCUUGCCAUUGAAGUAUUUGAAUCUCAUUUGGGAAGUCACAUUUUACAGUCCCUGGAUGGAUUUGUAUUUGCACUAAAUCAAGAAGGAAAAUUUUUGUACAUUUCUGAAACUGUCUCCAUCUACUUAGGCCUGUCCCAAGUGGAACUGACAGGCAGCAGUGUGUUUGACUACGUCCACCCAGGAGACCAUGUGGAGAUGGCAGAGCAGCUGGGCAUGAAGCUUCCCCCGGGGCGAGGCCUUCUCUCACAGGGUACAGCAGAGGAUGGAGCCAGCUCAGCAUCCUCAUCUUCCCAGUCCGAGACCCCUGAGCCAGUCGAAUCUACAAGCCCCAGUUUACUAACCACUGACAACACUCUAGAGCGUUCUUUUUUCAUCCGAAUGAAAUCUACACUGACCAAGAGAGGAGUGCACAUCAAAUCGUCAGGAUAUAAGGUGAUUCAUAUAACAGGCCGCUUACGUCUGAGAGUGUCACUGUCUCAUGGACGGACAGUACCCAGCCAAAUCAUGGGACUUGUUGUCGUUGCUCAUGCUUUGCCACCUCCUACAAUUAAUGAAGUCAGGAUUGACUGCCACAUGUUUGUCACUCGUGUGAAUAUGGACCUCAAUAUCAUUUACUGUGAAAAUAGGAUUAGUGAUUACAUGGAUUUGACCCCUGUAGAUAUCGUAGGAAAGAGAUGUUAUCACUUUAUUCAUGCUGAAGAUGUGGAAGGCAUCAGGCAUAGUCAUUUGGACUUGUUAAAUAAGGGUCAGUGUGUAACAAAGUAUUACCGCUGGAUGCAGAAGAAUGGAGGUUAUAUCUGGAUACAGUCUAGUGCAACCAUAGCUGUCAAUGCCAAGAAUGCAAGUGAGAAGAAUAUCAUCUGGGUCAAUUACCUUCUCAGUAACCCAGAGUACAAGGACACUCCCAUGGAUAUUGCACAACUUCCUCAUCUGCCAGAGAAAACCUCAGAAUCCUCAGAGACCUCUGACUCUGAAUCAGACUCAAAGGACAAUUCAGAGGACAAUGAGAACUCAAAGUCAGACGAGAAAGGAAACCAGUCAGAAAACAGCGAAGACCCUGAAUCUGACAGGAAAAAGUCAGGAAAUCAGUCAGAUAAUGAAAUGAACUGUAAUGAUGAUGGGAACAGCUCCAGCAACCAGGACAGCAGGGACAGUGAUGACAGCUUUGAGAAUUCGGACUUCGAGAAUCAAAAAGCUCCUGAGGACAGUUUUGGCACUCUUGGUUCUAUGCAGAUCAAGGUGGAGCGUUUUGUUGAGAGUGAGUCAGACUUGCGGUUGCAGAACUGUGAAUCACUGACCUCGGACAGUGCCAAGGACUCAGACAGUGCAGGGGAAGUAAAUGCCCAGUCUUCUAGCAAGCAUCAAAAGAGGAAGAAGAGAAGAAAAAAGCAAAAGGGAGGCAGCAUGACCAGGAGAAGGCUGUCAAGCACCUCAAGCCCAAACGGACUUGACUCAGCUUUGGUAGACCAGCCCCAGCUGCUCUCGUCGCCAAACAGUGCCUCAGUGCUCAAAAUUAAAACAGAAAUCUCAGAACCUAUCAAUUUUGAUAAUGAUAGCAGUAUUUGGAAUUACCCUCCCAACAGGGAAAUCUCAAGGAAUGAAUCACCCUACAGUAUGACCAAGCCCCCCAGCUCCGAGCACUUCCCUUCCCCCCAAGCCAGCAGUAGUUUACAUGUCUCCAUUCCAGACUCUGUUCUCACCCCACCAGGGACUGAAAAUACUGCCAGCCGCAAAACUCAGUUCAGCACCUCAUCCAACUCAGCCUUGGCUCCUGUGUCCUCUGACCCUUUGUCACCCCCGCUUUCAGCAUCUCCAAGGGAUAAACACCCAGGUGGUCCCACAACUUCCAACUCUUUGUUGUACACUGGGGAUCUGGAAGCCCUUCAGAGGUUGCAAGCAGGCAAUGUGGUGCUUCCUUUGGUUCACAGGGUAACAGGAACCCUUGCCGCAACAAGCACUGCUGCUCAGAGGGUCUACACCACUGGCACUAUUCGGUAUGCUCCAGCUGAAGUUACUUUAGCCAUGCAGGGCAACCUCCUCCCCAACACCCACGCUGUUAACUUUGUUGAUGUUAACAGCCCCAGCUUUGGGCUGGAUCCUAAAACACCGAUGGAAAUGCUCUACCACCACGUUCACCGACUCAAUAUGUCGGGACCAUUUGGAAGUGCUGUGAGUGGGGCCAGUCUGACCCAAAUGCCUGCAGGGAAUGUGUUCACGACUGCCGAAGGACUUUUUUCCACUCUUCCAUUUCCUGUGUACAGCAAUGGCAUUCAUACUACACAGACUCUGGAACGGAAAGAGGAUUGAAAUAUGACCACAUACUGUGUUCAGUGUUAAGCUCUGAGGCAUAGACUAUGUUUUAAUUUAGACCUUUAAUUCUAGCACUUUGAAUUCGAGCAGGUCAGUUUAUUCUCUCAAUAUGACAGUCCCCAUUUCAUUCCCCUUCUCUUUAACUUGACUUAUUCUUUAAUGUAAAGAUAUUUUUUUAUUUUUGCCUUCAGAGAGUUGAAGUACCAGUUGCCUGCCAUUUUGUCUUCUUCUAAGAUGUGUGUUUUUUCCUUUGCAUCUUUAUUAAGAUGCCUUUAAUGUGUAUGCCUCUGCCAUAGAAUACUCAGUGUUGUGGUAAAGAGAUUUUAAAGUGACAACCAUUGGUUUUACUUCAAAAUGAUCUUGAUAUGAUCAAGAUUAAAAGAGACAAGCAUAAACAAUGUGCCCUGUUUGACUAAGUCAAAUGAAAAGGGGUUUUUGUUCCUAAUUCCUUUAAAAUAGGGGAUAGUAUUUUAGAAUUUUAUGCAGAGUUUAAUUCUCUUUUUAUGAUUAAGAUUUUCUUACUUGCACAUAAAAUAAUUUGGGUUCUUAAAAAGUUAAUUUCUGGCCUGUGACUAGAAUGUUGAAAAGUUGGACUAAAUGUUAAUUACUGAAACUUUAACUUAAUUUCUAAAACCAUGGUGCUAUCAUUUAUUAAUCUGUAAUAUCUUCAUACAAUUUGCAGCUUGUGGGCUGGGUUUUUUGAAAAGAAUGUGUUCUGUACUGGUCAAUAGUCGGGUGCUGCAGUCUCCUUGGUUAGUUAAGACAAAAGCCCUCAUUAACAUUUGCUGCAGGAUUUAAAUUUUUUACCUCCAAACUAACAAGCAUAGCCUCACAUUAAAUUUAAAUGGGUCAGGAAGCCUUUUUCAAAAAGCGCUUAAAAAUAAAAAAACUCAAUUUAAUUGAUGCAAGGAGCAGUUUCUUAGGUGCAUAUUGUUUUGCUUUGGGGUGUUUUUUUUGUUUUUUUUUUUGUUUUUUUUUUUUCUCAGUGUAACUGAGGCUAAUUCUACAUCAAAUAACACUUCAGAGUUAAAAAAAAAAAAGAAAAAAAGAAAAAAACCACAAAAAAAAAAAAAACCAGAAGAACUAUUUAACAUGUUUUGUUUUUCAUUUAAUAUUAUAGAGGGAAGGUUGUAAAUUUCUUUUUGUUCUUUGAUUUGGGUAUUUUUUGUUGCUUUUUCCUUAUUUCUAGUGUUGAAACCAAUAUGUUAUAAAACUAAAGAAUGGGUUAAUAAGCUUGAAAUAGAUAACUACAACUGAAAACUGCACAUUAAGUAAAAGAGAAGAAAUCUCCUAUUUUGUCUUCAUUGCCAGAAAUCACAGUGUAGUGUCAAACACUGCAAAUGACUGUCAAAUAUAAAUUCUUCUUCCACUCCAUCUUUGGCAGCUGUUUGUUAAGGCAUCUAAUAACAGAUGUGAGAACUGUAAUGUGUACAAUGUGUAAGUGUCCUUGGCUGUCAGUCCCAUUGCAGUUUCAAUGUGUGUUACUAUAUGCAGUAUAUACUAAGCUAAUGUAGUUGUUUUGUCCUUUGUCUUCUCUGUGCUUUAUCUCUAGUCUGGAGUGGUAAAGUCCCAUUCCUGCAGUCCUAGUGAACCAGUGAUUCUUGGGGGUUAGUGGUUUUUGUGUGGUGGCCUUCCUCUGUAAUGUCACCUUAUGCUGCUUCCACUGUCUGUAUACCUUUUAAUUUCUGCAGUUGCUUUGCUGUUGUGUAUUCUCCAACCUCUCUCUCCCCCACCCCUCCCCUCCUCUCCACGAUUCCUGUCUCUUUCUCUUCCUCUCUCGUUCUCUCUUCUUCACUCUCAGAGAAAAGACUCUUAACUAGCUCAAGGUUAAUGGAGCCAUUUUUCCCACAGAGGAAUUCUGGGUGUGACUUACUCUUCCAGUGUACCACACAAUGCACUACAGAGUAAUGCUCAGAUUUAUUAAGCAAAUUGAUGCCAUAUAGCCUCAGUUGUUAGUUAACAUUCCCAGAGUCCCUUGUGCUCUAACCGUAAGCAGAGGGUGCAUUUCUUUGGUUUUCUCCCAGGUAGGCUGAGGGAGCAAUACAUACAGCAAUCACCAGUGAGAUAGGAAAUCCUUUCAAAGAUCAACCAAUGUCAUUUAAAAAGGAAACAGCUUAGAACUCUCCUAUAUAUUUGCUUAUGUGUGCAAUGCUAAUAUAUUAACUCAGCUGUCCUUUGAAUUUUUGAUCACUCACUGUGUUGAGUCAAUUCCUCCAAUAGCUUUGAAUUUGAGAUGUCAGUUCAAGCUGCUGUGGAACAAUAAUGAAAGGGAAUUGGAUGUCACAAAUUUAAUUAAUGAGCUUUUAAAGGUUAAAUUUGAAGGAUUUAAGUAGGACUAAAAAAGGCAAGAAAGCUGAUUGGGAAAUUCAGAGUUUAAUUUUGGAUGCUCUACUUUAGCUAUUGAACAAUCAAAGGAGUGCACCUAUCAGCUACAAAGAACAGCUAGACAGCUGUUGGUUUUUUGUUUUGUUCUGUUUUGUUUUUUAUAAAUGUUUCUGUGUUGUGUCAAAAUGAUUUCUGGUGAUUUAAACUAACAGAUAAUCACAGCUGCUGUCUAAAUCCAUAGUGUUUAAAAUUACAAAAUGAAAAAAAACUUCAUUACCUGUGAAGACUGUGUCUGUGUUUUUAACUAUUUCUUGUACAAAUAUAUGAAAUCUUUUAUGAGGAGACUGGUGCCAAGUAGCUGAAUAACGGGGAAAGGGAUUCUGUUCGUAUAAAUCUUAGCAGUGUUACCAACUCUACAAUAUAAAAAAAAUUAAAACCUUAAAAAGUGACAGCUAUGGUACAUUUAUUUUGUGUUAAGCUAACCGAAUCUAACUUCUCGAGUGCCUGGCUUAUUUGAAACAUUUUUUUCAUUGAUCAUUGAUAAUGCUGCAAAUCAGAAAUGUACAUACUUCAUUUACAACAGGGUUCUUUUUAUACUUUUGUAGAUUCUCAUACAUGUCAUACAUGGUUGUCUUUAUGUAACUUAAUUUUUUUUCAUCCCGCAGGUGCCAUUUUCAUAAUAAACUUCUCUUGGAUUUGUUA